AUGGGGGUCGACGAAAUCAGACUGGGGCCACAUCAUGGGCGGGAGCACAGGCCCUUACUCGCCAUGGUGCCGCCGGCGCUUAGAGUCGUCGCGGUGACGCCGCUCCCGUGCUUCCCGGCUGCGGCUCCUUCGCCGCUCCCUGCUCUCCCUCCGCUCUCGCGCGUGCUCGCCGUCCGGCUGUGCGCGGUCGCUUCCCUCCGCCUGCGGGUACAGGCGAGGGAAUUGGUCGAUGUGCAGGCACCAUGGAGUAGAGCAGGGAUGGAACGCGUCCCUUUCCAGAGCACAGGGGGGUGCUCGCGCCACCAAAGUUGA